AUGAAUUUAGCAGAUCCAGAGCUAGAGUUAGUUGAUCCAACACCAAAUGUACAUUCCUUGUUCAUACAUUUUGAUAAAUUAUUCUUUUGGACCAAAUUAGCCAGCAGAGCUGUAGUGCGAUGGAGUAAAAGAAUGUAUUCAUGUGCUGGUAUUUGUUCAUAUGAAGGGAGAGGUGGUCUUUGCGACAUUGCUCUUAGUGAACCCUUGCUAAAAUUACGUCCAAGAAAAGAUCUGGUAGAAACACUGUUGCAUGAAAUGAUCCAUGCGUUUCUCUUUAUAACAUGCAAAAAUCGAGAUCAUGAUGGCCAUGGACCUAAUUUCAAGUUCCAUAUGCACCGAAUUAAUAAAUUGGCAGGAGUCAACAUAACUAUUUACCAUGAUUUCCAUGAUGAGGUUCAAGUAUAUCAAACUCAUUGGUGGCGUUGUAAUGGACCAUGUCAAAGCAGGAGGCCAUAUUUCGGUAUUGUUCGCCGCGCUGCAAAUAGGGCACCCGGUCCUAAAGAUUACUGGUGGAAAACUCACCAAAAAACAUGUGGUGGUUCAUUCACAAAAAUUAAAGAACCUGAAAAUGCUGAAAACAAGAAGACCAAGACCAAGUCAAACACAGACAUAACCAAAUAUAUGAAUAAUAAUGUCAAAACCAUUGUCAAUAAAAACAUACCUCAUGAAACUAAAAACCCAUCUAAAGGUGUUCUGAAAGAUAGUAAUAAUGUAACUGUUAUAUCUAAUACAGAUUUCAAAAAUAGUAAAAUUGUAAUAACACAAAAUGGAAAUUUAUUCAGUCCUCAGAUCAAUAAAAAGGUUUCACCUACAUUUAAAGGUCUAAUUGAUAGCAGAAGAAAAAGAACUCAAUCAGCAAAUGUUAUAGAAACUGUAAGAAAUAUAUGGGCCAAUAAACAGUUACCUACCGUGCAGAAUGAUAAACAAAACAAUUGCAAAGGUGCGGUUAUCACUAAACCCAGAAAUAGUAUAAUAGAUAAUGCUGUAAUGAAACCGGUUAAGCAAAAAACAGAAAAUAUUCAUAAAGAUUCCCCUCCAAACAAAAUAAAGAAAAUAGAUGAUUACUUUAAAAAAGUGGCAACAACAGUUCUAAAAGAUGUCUAUGGCGAAGAUUUCCACAUUUCACAAUCUAAAACUGAUUACAAAUUAAUAGCGAAAGCAACUAAAAUGAAUCUUGUUGAUUGUCCUAUUUGUAGUAUUAAAGUUAAAGAUGACGACAUUAACAGACAUUUAGACGAGUGCUUGAAUAAAGGAGUUAUAGAAACGUUGUGCAAAGAGAGCAGUUCUGUAGAUACAAUUACAUCUGAGAUAUCUAGUAAUAAGAUGGAUUUAACAAAAUUAGAAUCAAUCAAAAAAGAAAAAGUAUUUGAUACAGUUAAUAAUAAAGUAAAGAAUUUUACACUUUCUAAUAUUAAAACAGACUGUGUUGAUGAUUCCAUAGACUUAGCUGAUGUAAGCUUUAUCAAAAAAGAAAAUCCAGGUUUAAUAAACACCACAGUUAUAAAGAAAAUACAAGUUAUAGAUAGCAAUAAAACAACAAAAACACUAAAUGAUGAUCACACUUUUGAUGUGAAAGACGUUAAUAAAGUAAAAUUAAUAACCAAAAAGAUAAAUUAUGAUAAGCAUUUACGGAAAUCAGGUAAUUUUGUGGAACCUGUGAUAACAAGAGAAAACAAUGCUGACUUUGGUUAUCUGCCUUCGUUUUUAGACGAUUUAGCAUGUGAAAUUAAAUUACCCACUGUUAAAAUUGAACCAGGAAACAGUAGAGAUGUAGUUUCUGUUUUAACAGAACAAAAAUGUCCAUGUUGUGAUCGUAAAAUAGAUAAACCAAUAGAACAGCACCUAGAUGAAUGUCUUGCAUUCUUUGACAAUAACACUACAAUACCAGAGGAGGGUGCUUCCACUAGUUUUGCGAAUGAAACAAUAGUUAUUGAUGAUGAUGACGAUAUUUUUGAUGAGACUCAAACCUUGAAUGCUACUGGAACCAAAAGUCCUUGUCCUUGUUGUCUCAAAAUGGUUGAACAAGCUGACAUGAACAAUCACUUAGACAUAUGCCUGUCUUAG